GUGAGGGGAUGAGCCGAUAGCUUGUUCGAUCGUUCACGGCGGAGAAGGGAGAGGUGAAUCGGAGAAUUAGUCUUCGGCCGCCGUUGCGUUUUGUGAAGAGAAGGAAGUUUCUCAAAGAAUCUGAUGCGUCACAAGAACGAUGCGGUUGCGAUAUAUUUUUGCGAUCGACCAUAUUUCUUUUGAUGCUUUGAAGAAGCAUUCUGACUUUGCUUGAUGAUAGCUUGGACCUCUGGAUUUCUUAGUCCUGCUUGCGUUGUUAGCUCAUUACGGAUUUUCUAUCCGUUGGUGAUCAACCAUAGGCGAGGUUAGACGUUGUGUCGAGUCGGUGUCAUGCUCUGAUACGUAACACCGGGGAAGGAUGAACGCCUAAAUGUUUCUGAAUUUUAAAUUAUUGUUAUGUUGAGUAUUUUAAGAGCAAUAUAACUCUCUUUUAUUUGAAUAAUUGUCGAAGUUUUGAUGAUUAAAGAUGUUAAUGACUUAUAUUGUUUUACUUUCCGCUGCAAUAAUAAGAAGUUGAAUGUUUUUGAAGUUUUGCAAUAAUGAUGUUGUUAGUUCAUUCGAAGUGUGUUAUGUAUCUAUGUUUUACGACUUGAGCAUGUAAGUUUUUAUGUUGAUGAUGAAGUAACAUUCUAUUCUUGAUGGUUUGUAUUGAAGUUUUUAUUUACUCUGAAUUACCUUAUUAUUUAAAAUAACGAUCGGGGAAUAGGGUGUUACAUUUUGGUAUUAGAGGAGGCCGGUCUGUCCGACCAAGUUAUCGAGUCAUUAGUGUAGCGACGGUCGAGUACUGUCUAGGGAUUUUGUUUCUAAUCAUUGUUGGAUGUUAUGAUGAAACAGAGAAUGGCUGGAAGGAAUGAUGCUGCUAUUUCUGAAGCAUUGGAAGCUUUGGCUCAGGCUGUGCAGCAUCAGCCUAAUGCUGGCGGGAACGAUGUAUCUCGCGCAUUGGAAACUUUCCAGAGGAAUCACCCACCUGCGUUCCGAGGAAAGCAUGACCGUGAAGGAGCACAUGAGUGGCUCAAGGAAGUUGAGAGGAUCUUCAGAGUUAUGGACUGUUCGGACGCGCAGAAGGUGCGUUUUGGUACUCACAUGUUGGAAGGUGAGGCUGAUGACUGGUGGGUUGCUACUUGCCAAAGACUGGAAGGAGUAGGUACGGCGCUUACUUGGCAUGUGGUUCGCAGAGAAUUCCUGGUGAAGUAGUACCCGGAGGAUGUCCGUGGUAAGAAAGAGGUUGAGUUUUUGGAACUGAGACAAGGAGAAAUGUCGGUGGCUGAGUAUGCUGCCAAGUUCUUAGAAUUAGCAAAAUACUAUCCUCACUACUGCGAGGAGACUGCUGAGUUUUCGAAGUGUGUCAAGUUCGAAAAUGGGUUACGUUCGGAAAUCAAGAAGGCAAUAGGCUAUUAAAGGAUCCGUAAGUUUCCAGACUUGGUGAACAGCUGUAGAAUUCAUGAGGAAGGUAGUAAGGCUCACUGCAAGAUUGUUAAUGAGAAGAGAAACAAACAUCAAUAACAUCGUGGGAAGACUUACAAUGCUCAAACUGACAAAGGGAAGCAAAGGAUGAAUGAGGGUAAGAAGACUAGUGGGGGAGGCCCCCUACUGGUAUAAUAUGUUUUAAAUGUGGAAGACCUGGUCAUCCGAGUAACGUAUGUACUGGGGAAAUGAAAAGAUGUUUCCGUUGUGGUAAAGUUGGGCACGAAGUGGCGGAUUGUACACACAAAGAGGUCAUAUGCUUCAACUGUGGUGAAGAGGGACACGUUAGCACUCAAUGUCGGAAACCGAAGAAGACUCAGAUUGGUGGGAAUGUGUUCGCUCUAGCCAGAACUCAAGCAUUUGGUGGAGACCGCUUGAUUAUAGGUAUAUGUUUCAUUAAUAGUACGCCUUUAAUCACUAUUAUUGAUACUGGUGCUACACAUUGUUUUAUUGUUGAUGACUGUGUGAAAAGGUUGAGUCUUGAAUUAUCCUCUAUGAAUGGAGAAAUGGUUGUCGAUCUUCCAGCUAAGGGGUCGGUAACUACUUCUCUAGUGUGCUCGAAGUGCCCUUUGUCGGUCUUCGACAAGAAUUUUGUUGUGCACUUAGUGUGCUUACCGCUGAGUGGCUUAGACGUAAUCUUGGGUAUGAACUGGUUGGAGAGCAAUUACGUUCAUAUUAAUUGCUACGACAAGUCGGUGCAUUUUUCUACUCCUGAUGAAGAAAGGGAAACCGAGUUUCUAUCUGCAAGACAGCUGAAUGAUUUAGUGAAGGAUGAGGCUUUGGUGUUUUCUUUGAUGGCGUCUUUAUCUACGGAGAAUCAGGCCGUGAUUGAUAAGUUGCAAGUAGUGCGUGACUUUCCCAAAGUAUUUCCAGAUGAGAUUCCAGAUGUGCCACCAGAAAGAGAAGUGGAAUUCUCUUUUGAUCUUGUCCCUGGUACCAUACCCGUCUCUAUGGCACCAUACAGGACGUCGCCAUCCGAGUUGACAAAAUUGAAGAAGAAAUUAGAAGAGUUUCUCGAGAAGAAGUUUAUAAGACCGAGUGUGUCGCCUUUGGAAGCGCCGGUGUUGUUAGUGAAAAAGAAAGAUGGUAGUAUGAGAUUUUGUGUGGAUUAUCGAUAGCUGAACAAAGUGACAAUUAAAAACAAGUAUCCGCUCCUGAGAAUAGACGAUUUGAUGGAUCAAUUAGUGGGUGCUCGCGUUUUAGCAAGAUUGACUUAAGGUCGGGUUAUCACCAAAUUCGAGUUAAAGAUGAUGAUAUUCAGAAGACGGCGUUUAGAACUCGUUAUGGGCAUUAUGAGUAUUCCGUGAUGCCUUUCGGUGUUACUAAUGCGCCGGGAGUAUUUAUGGAGUAUAUGAAUCGUAUUUUUCGCACUUACUUGGAUUGAUUCGUAGUUGUGUUUAUUGAUGACAUUCUGAUUUACUCCAAAUCAGAAGAAGAGUAUGUCGAGCAUUUGAGAAUGGUGUUACAAGUACUGAAAGAGAAGGAGUUAUAUGCGAAGCUGUCCAAAUGUGAAUUCUGGUUAUCGAAGGUGAGUUUUCUCAGACAUGUUAUUUCAGGUGAUGGUAUUGUUGUAGACCCGUCGAAAGUAGAUGCAGUGUUGCAAUGGGAAGCUCCAAAAUUGGUUUCUGAGAUUAGAAGCUUUUUGGGAUUAGCUGGAUAUUACCAGAGAUUUAUCGAGGGCUUUUCCAAGUUGGCACUUCCGUUGACUCAGCUGACUUGUAAGGGCAAGGCGUUCGUGUGGGACAUCCAAUGUGAAGAAAGUUUCACCGAAUUAAAGAAGAGGUUGACGAUGGCCCCAAUUUUGAUAUUACCUAAUCCUGAAGAAUCCUUUGUUGUGUAUUGUGAUGCUUCCAAGUUGGGUUUAGGAGGUGGGCUCAUGCAGAAUGAUAAAGUGGUAGCUUAUGCAUCGAGACAGUUGAGGAUUCAUGGGAGGAAUUAUCCUACUCAUGACCUAGAACUUUCAACAGUAGUAUUCGUGCUGAAGAUAUGGAGACAUUAUCUUUAUGGCUCAAGGUUUGAAGUGUUAACGACCACAAAAGCUUGAAGUAUUUGUUUGAUAAAAAGGAAUUAAAUAUGAGGCAGAGGAGAUGAUUAGAAUUGUUAAAGGACUAUGACUUUGGUUUGAAUUAUCAUCCUGGUAAGGCUAAUGUAGUGGCCGAUGCGUUGAGUCGGAAGACCUUGCACAUGUCGGCAAUGAUGGUAAAGGAAUUAGAAUUGAUCGAGCAAAUCAGACACAUGAAUCUGGUUUGUGAAUUGACACCUCAGAGUGUGAUGUUAGGAAUGUUGAAAAUUAACUGUGAUUUCUUGAACGACAUUAAGGAGGCUCAGAAAAUGGAUGUGAAGCUAGUAGAUUUGAUGGUCAGAAGUGAUCGUUCCGAAAAUAAUGAAUUUAAGUUGGAUGAGAAAGGCGUAUUGAGGUUCCGCAACUGAAUAUGUAUUUCGGACGUCGCAGAGAUGAGAAAGAUGAUUUUGGAAGAGGGUCACAGAAGCAAGUUGAGUAUUCACCCGUGAGUUGCCAAGAUGUAUCAAGACUUGACGAAAGUAUUUUGGUGGCCAGGGUUGAAACAUGAUGUGGCGCGGUUUGUGUACGCCUGUUUGACUUAUCAAAAGUUAAAAGUAGAACAUCAACGGCCUGCGGGGCUGAUGCAACCGUUAGAUAUUCUGGAAUUGAAGUGGGACGGUAUAUCGAUGGAUUUUGUAACAGGAUUACCAAACACUCCAAGAGGGAACGAUGCUAUUUGGGCGAUUGCUGAUAGACUGACGAAAUCGGCUCAUUUCGUUCCGAUCAACAUCAGUUUUUUGGUACCGAAGUUGGCGGAGAUUUAUAUCCGAGUAAUUGUGAAGCUGCAUGAUGUUCCGUCGAGUAUCGUUUCGGAUAGAGACCCGAGGUUCACUUCUAAUUUUUGGAAGAGCUUGCAAGAUGCGUUAGGCUCUAAGCUGAAGUUGAGCACUGCGUAUCAUCCGCAGACGGAUGGCCAAACAGAGAGAAUCAUCCAGUCAUUAGAGGAUUUGUUGAGGGCUUGUGUUCUCGAACAAGGAGGUAUGUGGGAUAGUUUCUUGCCACUAAUCGAGUUCACUUACAACAAUAUUUUUCAUGCUAGUAUUGGUAUGGCACCAUUCGAAGCAUUGUAUGGUCGAAGAUGUACAACACCCCUGUGUUGGAAUGAAUCCGGUGAGAGUGUAGUGUUGGGACCCGAGAUUGUACGAGAAACUACCAAGAAGGUGAAGUUAAUUCGUGAUAAGAUGAAGGCUUCACAUAGCAGGCAGAAGAGUUACCAUGAUAAGCGAAGGAAAGAUCUCGAAUUUCAAGCGGGAGAUCAUGUAUUUUUUAGAGUUUCUCUAGUAACCGGCGUAGGUCGUGCUUUGAAGUCGAAUAAGCUUACUUCCCAAUUUAUUGGUC